AUGUCAUCAUUAAUUCCAAUUGGAACAUUUGUAUUAGCUAAAUGGCCAUCAACAUCAAAUUAUUAUAAAGCCCGUAUAAUCGAUUAUACUGAUGAUAAUAAUUAUGUUUGUCAAUUUUUGGAUGAAAGUAUUGUUGCUUUACCAUCGAAAUAUGUUGAUUUACCAGAAAAAUUUCAACGUACAACAAAACUUACUCAUACGCAUAAUGAACAAAUAUUUGUUGAUCGUUCUUUAACAUUUAAUUCCAUGAUCAUUUCUCUUGGUUGGAUAAUUAUAUUUUUAUAUAUCCAACAUAGUUUUUAUCAUAAUCCUGACCUCUAUGGAUCAUCAACUGGAUUAUCAAAUCGUACUCUAUUUCAACAAUAUCCUAUGAUUGUUAUUCAAUAUCUUCUAUUAUGGUUUAUAUUACAAUUAAUUUUUGCUCGAUAUUUUCCACAUCUUGGUAGAGAACAACUUAUUUAUAUAAAAGAAUCUCAUCCAAGUAUUUAUUAUAAACAUCGUUCAAAUAGUUUAUUGGCAUUUAUAAUUACUUCUUUAUUCAGUCUUGGUAUUGCACUUACAUUUAGUCUUAUUUUAUUAACAAAUAAACUUUUUUCUCGUUAUUGUUCAAUAUCUAUCAAUGAGAUUAAUUAUAAUAAAAAACAAAUUCAAUUUGAUUUUCAUUUAUUUCUUUCAAUUCGUCCAGGAAUUAUUCUUUGGCCAGUACUUAAUCUUCUUUUAUUCUUAACUAUUAUCAAAUAUAAUCGUCAAAUAUCAAUACGUUUUGCACUUUCAAUUCUUCUUCAAACUAUCUAUAUUAUUAAUGUAUUUAUUAAUGAAACUUCAAUGAUACGUCAAGCAUUAGAUAUUUCACCUCCAUCAUCGUUCGAUGCAAUUUUUACUAAUCUUUGUUGGGUACCUUUCAUGGCAACACUUACUUCAUUUUAUAUUGGAAGGAGUCAUCGAUCGGUUCAUACUUAUAUUCUUUUUCUGGCUGUUAUACUCUUUAUCUUUGGUUUCUUAAUACAAUAUCUUGCUAUGCGUCAACGCACUGCAUUUCAAACAAUGAAUAAUACCAAUCUAGUUGAUUCUGUCAUGGUAAAUAAUACUCAACGAAUACUAACAAGUGGUUGUUGGCGAUGGUGUCGUCAUCCUCAUUUAUUAGCUGAAAUAUUUAUGGUCAUCGGUUGGUCACUACCAGCUGGUACAAAUCAUUUAGCACCAUGGCUUUAUACAUUCUAUAUCAUCGGCAUGGCUAUAUAUAAAGCACAUUAUUUUGAUCGAGCACUUCAAAAUACAUGUACAGAAGGUGCUUAUGAACAUUAUAUUACACAUGUGAAAUAUACACUUAUUCCAUUUGUCUAUUAA